GACGGUGCAACGCGUUCCGCCGGCUUCGUCCGCUGCUCGGGCAAGUCGCUCGCCACGUGACCGCCACCAUCAGGAGCGCGGGUGAAAAGCGCGUCGAUCAGGUCUCCCCUCGACAGAGAGGCUCGCCAAGGCUCUGCAUCAAGAAGCCCGUCCACGACCACGAGUCCCAUCGUUCACUUGAAAAUUCGGUGUCUCGAGGGGAGACAAAGACACGUCACGUGACUAUGACAGAACGAGGCGGAAGGACUGUCGAUUGCUCCUCGAGAUCGAGCGUGAUAUCCUGAAGUGCGUCCCGAGGAGUUUGUAAUUGGCGUUUGCGCGGUUAACUUCGCGGCUGGACACGUGAGCCCCGCGAGAUUGGUGUACCUAUGCUCGAGGUCGUCGUGUAUGGUGCCGAAAGGUGGUGAACGUGUUGCCUAAGGUCAUUAAGGGCGGUUCGUGAUGUUUAGCCACCGUGGGAGAGUUUAGGUGUACGGAUUAUCGGGGAUAGAGUACGUCCUGAUAAGGCAUGCUAUGCGUCAGAGCACCGGAAACGGAGGUCCGCGCAGAAGAUGACGGGGUUAAGUAGAUAAAGGGAGCAGCCUGCCGCCAUCGACGGACGAUUCCCUUGGCUCUCUCUUUCUCACCGCAGCGCACAAUGCUCUGCCAUCGCGCCCUUGUCGUUCUCUUCGCUGUCAACGUGCCAAUCGUGACGGGGCUAGAGCCAGACUUCGUUUACCCGCUGGAGAACGUAACGAUCCCUCAGGGUCGAGACGCUACCUUCACCUGCGUGGUGAGCAACCUCGGUGGAUACCGGGUGAGUCCUUCCUCCUCCGCGAGCGGAGAUCACUCUGGCAGCGGCAAGGCCCGGGUGGCGUGGAUCAAAGCGGACACCAAGGCGAUCCUGGCGAUUCACGAGCACGUGAUCACGAACAACGCCCGCCUCUCGGUAACCCACAGCGACUACAACACGUGGACGUUGCACAUACGCGGAGCGCGGCGGGAGGAUCGUGGGAUUUACAUGUGCCAGGUCAACACGGAUCCCAUGAAGAGCCAGAGCGCGUUUUUGGAGGUGGUAAUACCGCCAGACAUCAUCUCGGAGGAGACCACGAACGACCUGAUGGUUCCCGAGGGAGGGGCCGCGAAGCUGGUCUGCAAAGCGCGCGGUUAUCCCAAGCCCGACAUCACGUGGAAGCGGGAAGACGGCACCGAAAUCAUUGCGCGUACCGGCCUCCCCGGCGGCAAGACAAAACUACCCAGUACAGAGGGCGAAACGCUGACUUUGUCGAAAGUAACGAGGGGCGAGAUGGGCGCCUACCUGUGCAUCGCCAGCAACGGAGUGCCUCCGACAGUCAGCAAACGAAUGAUGCUGCACGUGCACUUUCACCCGAUGGUCCAGGUACCGAACCAGCUGGUCGGCGCCCCGACCGGAACCAACGUCACGUUAGUCUGCCACGUGGAGGCGUCACCCAAAGCCAUCAAUUACUGGACUCGAGAGUCGGGCGAGAUGAUAAUCAGCAACAGCAAGUACGCGAUGUCCGAGACGAAGACGUCGGUGUACAGCGUACAAAUGCGGCUGGUGAUCAUGAACCUGCAGAAGCAGGACUUGGGAGGUUACAAAUGCAUCUCGAAGAACUCCAUCGGCGACGCCGAGGGGAACAUCCGGCUUUACGACAUGGAGCUGCCGGAGCACUCCAAGAUCGGCAACCGGAGAUUGGAGGACGACGCGGACGACUCGAUUGGCGAUCGCGAUCACAGACUGAAUCGCGUCUAUCAAGGCUCCCUGCGAGAAACGGGCUCGACCUUGGAGCCGGUGUUCGACGCGGACGACAAUUCGGCGUCGACCACGUCGAGGGAGAGCGCGCCGCCCGCCUUCGGCGUCGUCCUGAUCGGCAUCGCGCUGCACCACUUGCUCGCUUCGACGUAAGAUAAACGUAACACGCCCUACACGACUAUACCUGAACACUAGCUCGCCACAGCUUGAUUCUCCCGGCUGCGGAGAAGAUUGCGAGACAAGCGGGAAGUAGGAGUCCCGGCGAGUCGCGUUCACGGCGUCUUCCGCGAUCACGGCUUCGAUCGCGACAUGUCCACCGUGGCGGCGUCGAUCGAUACCUCUCCACAGCAGCGUCGAUAUCGCGACGAGGAACGCGAUGUUGGUCGCGACGCGGCAACGCGACCUACGUCGCCAAGCUCAGCGAACGACGGAACGCGUCGAGAGUUCGGACGCGCGAAAGAGCGUCACGCGGAAAAAGAAGCAUAAGAAGAGAUUAUCGCGCGAGGACAUUAAGCGCGCGAGCGCAUAACGUAUAGCUCGCGCGCUCUGUGUAUAUAUAAUGUAUCACGGUUUUAAUUACGCGUAACAAUCUUACGGCGGUCCGGUUUUCUCUAACUAGAGACACCCAUACACACGCGCGCUCGCGCGUUCCCGUUUAUUUAUUUCAUUCGCGCCGCGCAUAAACUGACGGAUUAAAAUUACGUAUGCGGAAUUCGCGGCGGUCUCCAUCAACGUCAACCCGGCGCGGUAAUUAAACACCUGCCGGCUCGCAUUUUGAUGAUGAAGGAAACGCAUUUGUAAAAUUCCGUUUUAAAAAGCGCGCCAACAAACGUUAAUAUUAAAUUCCACGUGGAAAUAAUACGCGAAGGUACGGGCAGAUCGUAGAGAGAGAGAGAGAGAGAGAGAGAAAGAAAAAGAGAGAAAGAGCUCAUAUAUUAACAAGCGACACGUUAAAUUGAGUCACAUGGAACAUAACGCGUGUCACACGUAAAAAUAGCGGUGCUCGCGCCAGACGUCGGGUCGAACGUUCAAAGGCCACCAAUAUGGGCGACUUUUAUAUUCAAAGGAGACAAAAGCGGCAGCCUUGGCUGCUCCUAGUGGAAUAUCGUCAAACAGAUUUCAUAUAUUACGCUCGGCCGCGCGUUUACUUAUAAUACACCGAUACUAAUCAUUCUCUUUUCAGCGACCACUCGGUAACGAAGUUAUUUUUCUUUAUUGGCAACGACAACACGAUUACAUCGUUCACAUAAAAAAGGGCAACGAAUGUAACCGUCACUCUCAAUAGUACUUUACAGAUAUAGAAUAUAUUUAUGGGUAGAAUGGGUAGAGCAACGAAUCAAAUAUCGAAAAAUUUCACAACUUGGUGAAGAGUACGAAAUUGCUGACCACUCGAUCAUUAUUAUUAAUAAAGAUAAGGGCUACGGCUUAUUUUUUCAAAUGAGUAACGAACGGUAAAGGUAGCGAGUUACACUCUUUUGUUCAAUGGAUACUUAAGGUAAGAGUGACAAUGUCUAAACGCCAGCGUCAUGAAAAUAUCAAUUAAAUUUUCCUCGAUUUAAUAAUUGAUUUGAGCAAAUAUGUUUCAAUUUAACUAGUUGACGACUGAGUUGAGUCGAAAAUCAAUUGGCAAAUGUUUAAUUGACGAUUGAUUUCAACGAAUUCGAUUAAAGACCGCUCAAUUGACGGUUGAUAUGAGCGAAAGCAGUCAAAAAUUGCUCAAUUUAUUUAAAACCUAGCAAAUUCAAUUAAUGGCCGUUUAGUUGGCGAUUGAUGUAAGCAAAUUCAAUCGAUUCAGUCAAAGAGCGUUCGAUUACUGUGGAAGAUGCCACAGUAAUUGAUUGAGAAGUGCUAGGAGUCGCGUUGAGGGGAGGUAAUUGUCAUAUCAAUCAUAACCGAACAAUCUUUAAUUGAAUCGACUGAAUUUGAUCAUAUCUAUUUGCUUUAUCAAAUUUGCUAAGUUCAGUUGUUAAUUAAAUAGCCUUUAAUUAGAUUUGCUAUGUUCAAUUAUUAAAUGAACGUUCUUUAAUUCCUUUCACUCAUAUCAUUUGUCAAUUGAACGGUCUUUAAUUAAAUUCGUUGAAAUCAAUCGUCAGUCGAACGGUCUUCAAUUGAAUUUAUUGAAGCCAAUUGUCAAUUAAACGGCCUCCAAUUAAUUAAAAAAGUAAUUAAUUACCUGCAAACCCGCUGGAACACUAAUAACAUUGCCCUAACUCUGGGCAUUCUUAUUGUUUUAAUCUUUAAAUAUUUAAACUUUCAACGUAGAAUAUAUGCAUGUAUAUAUUCUCCAUAUUGGAAGUUUAAAUAUUCGUAUCUAAAGACCAAAACAAUAAAAAUGUUCAGAAUUAGGUAGCAAUAUUAUUAAUGUUUAAGCGUUUGCACUUUUACCUUUUACCUAGUAAAGUCAUGAGAGGCACGAGGCGUGUUUUCGUGCUAAAUCAUGCAUGCGACAUGUCAUGCUAGCUAGCAUGCUAAGUACAAAACUAGAAAUUUUCUACGCUGCAUGCUGUCAUACAUGCUAGCAUGUUAGUUUUUUAAAUUAGAACCGACGUUACUUUUCUUACGCGAUUUCGCGCUGACUCAAAAAGAUAGACGUAUCCCAUAUGACGAUUAUUGAGACUAGCGAUGCACAGUGAUAACUGUUUAUAGUAUGUAUAAAAGACUCUAUAUAUAUAAAAUUUAUUAAAAAAUUGUAUUUCAUAUAUUAA